UGUUUUAGGGUUUACGUGGCAAAUAAAUUGGUAGUAUUAAUAAGCCACUGGCGUAUGAAGAAGAGUAUAAAGUGCUGGAAACUCACUAUUAUAUCGACUUCCGCCUGAACUGGUGACCUGGAAGCUAAUUUAUUUUGAAAGGCUCAUGGGCGGGUUCAUUUACUUCCACGUUAAGUGUGGUUCCUAUGGUAACCAUUGCAAACACCUGCCUUAAGUUUGCUUCGUAUUCGUGUAAAAAUUGUAUUUGCCGAAGUUUUAGGUCUAAAAAGAUAUAAUGGCCUCCCCGGAGCCUUCUGUGAACCACGAGCCUCCCAUCGACGUGCUGACCGUGUUCAGCGGUUCUUCCCCGGAGGACGUGUCGCACGCCCGCAAGCUGUGGAGCUCCUUGUGCAUGGUGCCCCCGCUGGAGUCCCGCCUGGUGUCGGCGGACAUCCCACAGAGGUUACCGGUGUCCCGGCCCGGGCGAAACGUCCACUCGGAGCCCUACAUCCCGGAGCAGCCGAACCUGGACGCGGUGCAGCGGCGGCUGGAGGAGCGACAGAAGUACAUGUCCAUGGCCGCUCAGAGGAAGGAGACCCUGGCUCUGUUACGAAGGCAAAGGGAACAGAGGAUCCAGAAGGAGCUGCUGUCGGCGGCCUUCAGGCCCAAACCCCCUAAAGACAAAGUGUCCAAGGAGGAGACCUCAGAGGCGGACAUGGACAAGGAGCUGGUCAGACAACUUGACUGACCCACACAGCUUGUCCCUUUUUGGUGUCGUGGGAGGUGCUGGAGCCUAUCUCAGCUGCAUUCUGGCGGCAGGCGGGGUACACCCUGGACAAGUCGCCACCUAAAUAUGCAAUAUUUUACCCCAAGAUAUUUUAAAGUGGAAUAUCUGAUAUUAAGUAAUUGAAGAUUUCAAAAGGUCAAUAAUUUAUAAGAACAUUAAUUUUAAAUCAUAAUUUUUUGAGCGAUGACGUUUUUAAAGAAAAAAACAGUCUGCAUGGCAGCUUUAUGCUAUUAUAGUCGACCGGGCAACUUUUUUGCUCUUUUAUUCAACUUUUUCCCCCUUUUUUAAUAGUAUUGAUAAAAUGUGGCACGGGCCUUUAAAAAAACACAUUGAAACCCUUGUUUCAAUGUUGUCUGCUUAGUCAUCAAUAAUUGAUGUUGCUGCUGCUAAUGUCGGGCUAAUUCAUCCUAAUGGAUGAAUGAAUAAAGGCCUCCAUGACGCAAGAUCCCAGCAAUAGUCCAGCUGGACCUGCCUAGUCCGGAUCUGGUGGACUUCUUGGGGAUUAUGUGACUGAGACACAGGCAUUUGAUUGACAGGCUGCGUUUGACUCUCAAAAGGACCACUUCAGCGGAUUAAUCAGCUGUUUUUUAUGACCACACACUUCACGCGGGUGGAACAACACGGAGGAUGUCUAUACAGAACAAAAGAAGAAGAGGCGAAGGGGGAUAAAGAGCAGGUCUGCAAAUCACUGUGACACAAAGGCUGCGUUCUUGAGGGCCGACUGAAGACAGAAAAUAUACAGCUGCUGCCCAUAAAAGCUACACGGCUGUUUUACAGCCUGGUGGCCUUGUUAAAAGCUGCUUUGGAUGAGACGUGGCCGCACUUUAACUUUGACACCACCUUCACCGCCAACAGGCCGUCGCGUCGUCACCAUUUCCUGGAAAUGUUGGCACACAGUGCAUCUGAAUAAUGGAGGACUGGACGCUUCAAGGCCUUUAAAUGAAGCUAGAAUGGCGCCAAUAACAUCGAGAAGGUGAUACAUUCACCUGUCCCAGCUAAGCGGCUAACAACAAACUCUAAAAAAGGGCAGGAAGCUGAAAUGAAGGUGGAACUCACUUGUGUUACAAAGUGAUGACUUUCUAAAAAUCACAGAAGAAGACUUUGAGGACAUGCACAGCUUUCUCAUUCAGGCUGAUCGGGGCACAUACACCAAAGUUAACAGUUAAAGUACCAAUGAUACUCACACACACACACUAGGUGUGGUGAAAUUAUCCUCUGCAUUUGACCCAUCACCCUUGAUCAUCCCCUGGGAGGUGAGGAGAGCAGUGAGCGGCAGCGGUGGCCGCGCCCGGGAAUAAUUUUUUAUGAUUCAACCCCCAAUUCCAGCAAUUGAUGCUGGGAGUCAAACAGUGAGGUAAUGGGUCCCAUUUUUAUAGUCUGUGGUAUGACUCGGCCGGCGGGGGUUUGAACUCACGACCUACCGAUCUUUAGGCAUUGGAUUGUUGACAGCUAUGAUUGAUUGAUUGAUUGAAACUUUUGAUUGUACAGUACAGUACAUAUUCUGUACAAUUGACCACUAAAUAGUAACACCCGAAUAAGUUUUUCAACUUGCUUAAAACGUAAAUCAAUUCAUGGUAAAAUAAACAUUCACGAUACAUCACACAAACAACAUUGACAGGUCUAUAACUGCUGAGUUUCGAGGGCAAACUAAUUUAGCACUCCAUUUAAACCGCUGGUGUCAAACGUACGGCCCGAGGGCCAGAACAGGUUUUAUCCAGCCCGCGGGAUGAGUUUGCUAAGUAUAAAAAUUAACCUGAAAUGUUUGAAUGAAAGAAACAGCUGUUCUAAAUGUGUCCGCUGGAUGUCGCAAUAGCAAAUAUUUGUAUCUUUGUAGAUGAUGCUACUUAUGUACAAAAUAAACCACAUGAUGUUAGUACAUCAGUCGAGGAAAAUGAUCAAACUACAUCAAUAACAUACUGUAAUUUGAUUUUGAUAUACCGUAUUUUUCGGACUAUAAGUCACAGUUUUAUUCAUAGUUUGGCCAGGGGUGCGACUUAUACUCAGGAGCGACUUAUGUGUGAAAUUAUUCGCACAUUACCGUAAAAUAUCAAAUAAUAUCAUUUAGCUCAAU